CGGAUAAUAACCUUUGACAUUGACAGGUGCCUCAUUUAUUUCUGACACAACUUAUCAUUUAUAAACGCUUUUAAUGAACAAUAAAAACGUUAUUGUAGAAGUGCUAUAUUAGGUAGAGACCAUUCAACAAACAGUUUGAAAUGCUAGUUAGGAGCUUAUUACACGUUUCUAUCACAUUAAUCAUCAUUAUUCUGCUGUCUUUCUCUGGGUUAUUUGACUCUGUGCAGACAGAGCUUGGAUUGGAACAUUAUGCUGAGAGACCCAGCCUUUUCUUACCUUUUAUGUCCAAAGAGUGGAUAGUAUGGUUAAAACUCCCAGCAAAUGCUACAGUAAAUAUUGGAUACACCAUCAUUGGACUAUAUUGGUUGUUCUACACAAAUAGAAAUUACUCAGGACAUACAAUACACAUCUAUUAUUUCAAAGUUUUUGGAUGGUUUGGGGUGUUCUAUGGAUUUAUCCAAUUUGCUAGAAUUGUGACACAGGAACAUCGAUACUCUGUAUUGGAUCAAUGGGUGACAUUACCAUGUUUUAUGUGGGUAACUGCAUGGUGUAAGUCAAUAGACCAGGUCCAUAACCCAUCAAGGAAUGCAUUACUGAUAUGCAUCUCCGCUGCAAGUUAUGGAGCUUGUCUGUUCCACAAGUUUGGAUUUGAAUUCAUUCUAGGAAUGCACAUUGCAGCAGCAGUUUUAUCAGCUUUAAGACUAUAUAGUGAUUACAAUAACAUCAAAUCAUUUAAUGCAUUUAUAUAUGCAGUGAUAUGUACAAGUGGUUUUGUAGGACUGAAACUAAUGGACCAUGAAAUUGGAAAACUUCACAUAUUUUUUCAGUACUUCAGUGGACACUUCUGGUCUAAAAUAGCCGACUUCAUGCAGCUAUACUAUGUUCCUGUCUUCUUUGCUGGAAUCAUUGAAACAAAAUUGAAAAUCAACAAAAGUUUGUAAAUCUUGAGUUUGGUGAUGUAAUUUAUUAAAAAAUUCGUAUACAUUUCUUCACAAAUAAAUAGUAAUAUUUUUUAUGGAUUUUUUAUACUUUUUUAAUAAUAACAAACAAUUGAAUAAAAAUGUUGGUAACUAUACCAUCAUCUCAAAAUGUAUAUACUGGUAUAUGUUAACAUUUUAAAAGAAAUAAAUAACUUUUUAUUUUGAUCAAAAGCAGAAUGAUAGUGUUUAUGUUCACAUUUAAUAUGAUAUAUUAGAUCUGAUGACACAACACAUGACAUCUGACUCGGGACCAAUUUAUCAUUGAUAGGUAUAAAGUACCCAUUGGGUCAUUAACAUAAACUUGGUAAAGUUAAGAAUUCAUAAAGUCCAUUGUUCUCUUACGGUGACAUCAUUAUAUCCAUAGUUACAA